GGGUCGUUGGUUUCUUGUUGUUUUAAAUCAGGGUCAUGUGUUUGGCAAGGGUGCUGGUUAACCGAAAAUGUUGGUUUUAGAGCUAGAAGUACUGGCAUUCAAAUAAACAUAUUUGGGGGUGGGGGGUUGAUGAGCAAGGCUGGGAGGAGACAAAAGAAGUAUCUCGGCUCAGUCGUCAGAGACGCGCAAGGUGUAAGGGAGAGAGGAAUCUAGGCUGUGAGAGUGGCUCCAAACAUUGAGACAUGGAUCCAGGACCUGUGCUCCUGUGGGAUGGCCCUAGUACUGAUGCGCAGGACCUGGUCCUUGAAGGAGCUGACAAAACUGCCGUUCAGCCGCGCGACCACCGGCAAAACAGUUCCACAGCCUGCCCCUCCUCUUGGCUGCUCCCCCACCCAUUUCCCGCCUUGUCUUUCCUCUCUUCUCUCUCUCCCUCCUCCCUGCGCGAAGCGGAAGUGACGCGAGGCGUAGCGGAAGUUACUGCAGCCGCGGUGUUGUGCUGUGGGGAAGGGAGAGGAUUUGUAAACCCCGGAGCGAGGUUCUGCUUACCCGAGGCCGCUGCUGUGCGGAGACCCCCGGGUGAAGCCACCGUCAUCAUGUCUGACCAGGAGGCAAAACCUUCAACUGAGGACUUGGGGGAUAAGAAGGAAGGUGAAUAUAUUAAACUCAAAGUCAUUGGACAGGAUAGCAGUGAGAUUCACUUCAAAGUGAAAAUGACAACACAUCUCAAGAAACUCAAAGAAUCUUACUGUCAAAGACAGGGCGUUCCAAUGAAUUCACUCAGGUUUCUCUUUGAGGGUCAGAGAAUUGCUGAUAAUCAUACUCCAAAAGAACUGGGAAUGGAGGAAGAAGAUGUGAUUGAAGUUUAUCAGGAACAAACGGGGGGUCAUUCAACAGUUUAGAUAUUCUUUUUAUUUUUUUUUCUUUUCCCUCAAUCCUUUUUUAUUUUUAAAAAUAGUUCUUUUGUAAUGUGGUGUUCAAAACGGAAUUGAAAACUGGCACCCCAUCUCUUUGAAACAUCUGGUAAUUUGAAUUCUAGUGCUCAUUAUUCAUUAUUGUUUGUUUUCAUUGUGCUGAUUUUUGGUGAUCAAGCCUCAGUCCCCUUCAUAUUACCCUCUCCUUUUUAAAAAUUACGUGUGCACAGAGAGGCCACCUUUUUCAGGACAUUGCAUUUUCAGGCUUGUGGUGAUAAAUAAGAUCGACCAAUGCAAGUGUUCAUAAUGACUUUCCAAUUGGCCCUGAUGUUCUAGCAUGUGAUUACUUCACUCCUGGACUGUGACUUUCAGUGGGAGAUGGAAGUUUUUCAGAGAACUGAACUGUGGAAAAAUGACCUUUCCUUAACUUGAAGCUACUUUUAAAAUUUGAGGGUCUGGACCAAAAGAAGAGGAAUAUCAGGUUGAAGUCAAGAUGACAGAUAAGGUGAGAGUAAUGACUAACUCCAAAGAUGGCUUCACUGAAGAAAAGGCAUUUUAAGAUUUUUUAAAAAUCUUGUCAGAAGAUCCCAGAAAAGUUCUAAUUUUCAUUAGCAAUUAAUAAAGCUAUACAUGCAGAAAUGAAUACAACAGAACACUGCUCUUUUUGAUUUUAUUUGUACUUUUUGGCCUGGGAUAUGGGUUUUAAAUGGACAUUGUCUGUACCAGCUUCAUUAAAAUAAACAAUAUUUGUAAAAAUCGUA